AUGGUAAAAAAUAAUAAUCAUUCAGUAUUCCCACCCCAAGAGGAAUUUGAAAGAGUAGUUAAAAGAGUUCAAAAAAGCGACAAAAAGACUAAUAUUGGUUUAUCUCCUAAUGCCUCGCCUAUGGAAAGAGCCAAGUAUGAUUUUUGUCAAACUAUCGCUCGUUAUCGUCGCGAAAAUAAUUUAGCGGAAAAGUCUAUCGCUCAACAGUUAGGGAUUACUUUGUCUCGUUUGGAUAGUAUUCUUUAUAGUCAUAUUGACGAAUUUACCUUGGAUGAAUUGGCUAGUUAUGUUAGUAAUCUCCAUAUUCUUUUUGAAUUAAAAGUUUUUAGUUAUGGUCGAAAAGAAGCCACCGCAGAAGCCCACUAA